UACAAUAACAAAGUGCAACGUGCUCACUAUGACGAUCAUAUGAGAACUGUGCUUAACCUUAUAAUAAAUUAAUAUAAUAAAAUUAAUAAAUAAUAGUAUUAUGGUUAUAUUUGAGAAAGGAUAUAAGAUAUACUAGCUAGCAGAGAAAUGAGCGUGUUCCAACGUAUCAAAAGUUAUCAGACCCUGUUGAAAGCACAGGAACCUUGAGAGAUUGUCAUAUCAGGUCUUAUAAUAUUUUUAUUAUAAAAAAAGACCGCAAAGAUAAUCCAAUAGGCCAAUUCUAGUCAACUAGUCUUUAUAUAUUGUGUCGUCAAUAGCUUUGCUAGAAUAAUGUGCUUCAGUUUUAUUAUUUUAUUUCAGAUGACGAAAUACGUUAAUGUGAUUUGUUGCAAUAAGAAGAAGAAGAAUUAUUAGUAAAAUGUCAAUAAAAAUUAGAGAAAUCUGGCAAUUGUAGUGAAAAACAACUGGAAGUACGCAAUUAAUUCAUUGUGGAUAUAUUUAGUAUUAAAGAAAUCGAAAAAUUCUAAUUUAAAGAGAUAGAGGAUGGAAUAUUAGUGAAAUAUGCUUAAAAGGAACAGAAAAAACUGAAUUCCAUUUUAAAUGCUUACGUCGUUUAGACCUUUCAGCGUUUUGGUUGUUAUACAUAAGUAUUUAAAUAUGUGUAAAUAUUUUGGUAAUGGAAAUAUUUGAGGGCAUUAUCGAGCUGCAGGACCAAUGAUUGGAGAUUUUAUGAGAGUGCAACUGUCAGUAGUAAAGAAACUUAACGCCAAAAAACAAGACCAACUGUCAAUGUGACAAUAAAUGAGUGUCUCGACGGACAAAGAGCAGUGGUGAAAAUAACAAUAUAACAACGCAUCAGAAUGCAUAGAUCGCAUCUCACACAAGAGGUACCGCCGAACUUUAUGAAAUAAAUGACUUGGCAAAGUUUCUUGUAUUUGGAGUAGGGCGAGCAACAGUAAAGGCGAAACCAAUUUGCCUAGUCAUACUCCAAUUAGACAAAAUAAAUAUAUAGAUUUAGCCAGCAAUUUUUUCAGAUAAUGUUUAAAUCAAAUGUAUUUAAAAAAUUAUAAUCAAUUACAUAAAAUUUAAGUUAAGUUAGUCAUAGAAAGUGUUUACAGUUUCGUUUCUAUUCGUUUUCAUGUCUCUUUCUACAAUAUAGCAAAAGAGAAAUCGAGAGGCCUAAAUUAUGCCUAUCUAAUAAAAACCUUAAGUGCUCGCAGAUCAAGUUAAAAUUAACGAGUACACAGUGCUUUAAAUUGUUUGUUGUUUCAUUUAUAUACAGCAAAUUACACAUAUUCGAAAGACUGAGAAAUGAGAAAGUUAAAUCAAUUAAAAUUAAAAUAAUUACAAUAAACAAAAUAUAAAGUUUAUAACAUUAUUACAAAAAUGUCAAAUAGUUUGUACAUAUAUGUGCGUAUGUUUACUGAGUGCUAAAAAUGAAAAUUGGAACAAAGUGUAAAGAAUAGUAUAACUUAAGAAAUAAACAGAUAACUCACAUAUUUCAAGUUUACCAAUAAAACAACACAACUGAGGACCAAAACUAAUAAUAAUAAUUUACUUAAUAGUGUUUAAAAAUACUCAAUACUCUCAUAUUGCCAUAUAAAAUAAUAUAAUCCUACUAUUACGAAUUGUGCAAAUUAAUAAAACUUGAAACAAAGAACGUAACACUAAUGUUUCUAGACCAAUAAAUUUGGAGACUUUUUAAUAAUAAUAUCAUUUAAAUUAAGAUGGACACAUCUUUGACACAACAGCGAAAUCGUUUAAAACCAGCUCCUACUACUACGACUACAUCCGCAGCCAAUGCUACGCCACUGAGUAGUAGCAACAGUGGUGGAACCAGCGCGAUUUUAAGCAAUCAUAACAGUAUCAGCAAUAAUGCCGGAAUUGUGAAUGCAAAUAGAAGUGUUGGGAGUGCUAGUGUUGCAAUUAUGGCAAGUUCUGGUGCGGUAAUACCAAUUAAUUCAUUAACACAGUUAUCAACACAAUCUUCAUCAUUGGAACGUAUAACCACAACAUCAUCAUUAGCGAAUCUAUUAGAUGGAUUUACUUCACGUGUAUCGGGCGACCGUACUCAGAAUACUGUCAGCACCCCUAGUAGUAUUAGUUCUCUGGGUAACACCGCAAAUGCCUUCUACUCUUCUUUAGGACUUGCUUUCAACUCCCUGACAUCGCCAAUUUCUACGGUUGCUGCUGCAGCUCAAGCGACUACCGCUGAAGCUGCAGCUGUUGUUGUAGCUGCUGCUUCAGCGCUUUCAAAUCAUCUUAGUUCACCAACAAGCGGAACACCUCCUAAUAUGGAGGGCUUAUAUGAUGACGAUGAUUGUGAGGAUGACGACGAAGAUGAUGAUCGCCAUGUACCAGCGCCAACACCUAAAAAGACAUGGUCAGAGAUUAAAACCAUUGUUAAUGAUAUGCGCAAACAGUUAAUCAAUUUAUCCAGCAUGAUGCCAUCUAAUAUACAGUUCCGUACUUUAUCUGACGGUCGGGUGCGAUGCUACUUUCUGAGUACGCCACCUAAUGCCUGGGAGCCAACAUUGCUUUAUGCAGACAUUAAUAUGAAUGCAGCAGAAGAGACUAUUUUGCAAAGUAGUCCACCCUUAACUGAUAUAAAUGAUAGUAUUGAUAGCGUUACAGCGUGUAGUAACAUUACGUCGGCUACGGAUGGGGGAUCAGAUGACGUAGCUGAUUCCUUUGGAAAUGUUGUAACAAGUCGCUUGCCAUCACCAACUUCUUCACACGCUUCGUCUCCCAUAUUGAAUUCUUCUUUCCUCAGAAAUAGUUCAAACAAAAGACUUCAAUGGAAGAUAGUAUUACAACAGCCAAUGUCAAGUGUGGCUGCUACGGCUGCUAGCGGAGGAGUUAAUCUAUGGUCAAGAGAGUUCCAGCUACUGCAAGAACGGAAACGACUCUCAACGUGGGGCAUUACUUCUUUUGAAUUACACAAACCAAGCGGAAAAAUAGUUUUUCCCUGCUUUAGUGAUUUGUAUCAAUGCCUCGAUACGGGGUAUAAUACCAGCCCGCUUUUCCCUACUCAAUUACGAACAUGUCCGCAGUGGGCAGCGUUAGAUCCACAAAUCUGCCCACAAAAUUCUGAUUUAAUAGCAUACAUUAGUGGUAGCGACAUAUGGGUGACACAUACUGUUAGUGGACAUGAAGAGCGUUUGACAUUCGUGCACGAUGGUCGUCGUUCUAUUGCCGAUGAUCCCCUUAGCGCUGGUGUGCCAUCAUAUAUAAUGCUUGAGGAGUUUAGCCGCUUCCAGGGUUAUUGGUGGCAACCACACUCGAAUGAUGGUGUUUAUCGCAUUGUUUACGAGGAAGUGGAUGAAUCGGACGUUUGCUUGUAUACAUUUCCAUCAUCUCAAGCAACGCCUGGGGAAAUAGAAGAAUAUCGUUUUCCGCGUGCUGGCACAGCCAAUGCAAAAUCCAAAUUAAAAGUAGUGCAAUUCGUUCUCAAUGAGUCGCUGCAAAUUAGUGACGUUUGUAUAAAGGAUUUACCGUAUUCACUCUCCUUGGUGUUUCCUUGGCUGGAAUAUAUAGUGCGCAUUGGGUGGACGCCCGAUUCAAAUUACGUUUGGAUGCAGGGCUUGAACCGUAAACAACAACGUUUAGAUUUGGUACUUAUACCGUUGGAUAAUUUCUGCGAAACGUACACCAGCACGGCGUCGUCGCCCUCAGGUUCAGUAGACCACAGCUGGAAGAGUCCAUAUUGUAGAGCUGUGUCACCUCUACAGGUUAUUUACUCUCAGACAUCAGAUACGUGGGUCAAUGUGCACGAUUUGCUUUAUUUUCUGGAAAUAACCGAUACAACGGUGACAUUUUUGUGGGCCUCUGAGGAGACUGGUUUUAGACAUUUGUAUCUGGUCACAUCUAGUCUAAAUACAGGCUCACUGAAUGGUUAUAAAGACGUGCAUAGCAAUACGAACAAUUUUGAAAUGAAUAGUCGAACAAAUUCAACGUCUUCUACAACAUCAGCCAACAUGGAUAUUCAUACGGAUUUCAUCGAUAGUGUGACGUUGCAUCCCAGAAUUAUAAAUAAAGUAGCACUUACCUCCGGCGAAUGGGAGGUUUUGCAUCGAAAUAUUUGGGUGGACAAAGCGCAACAGUUAGUAUAUUUCAUUGGAUUACGUGAUACGCCACUGGAAAAACAUUUGUAUGUGGUGAGUUUGCAACGUCCAGAACACAUACGUUUGCUAACUGAACCAGGCUAUUCAUAUCAAGUGGAAUUUGAUGAGUCAUGUCAAUUGAUGUUGCAAGUCUAUUGCAACAUACAGCGGUUGCCUUCCUGCAAAGUAAUGCGUGUCACACAAACAUGCCAAAAUGGUGGUGUUAAUGGCAUACAAUUAUCACUGAUGGGCUAUCUUCAUGAGGGUGGCAAACCUGAACCACAAUACUGCCCGCAAAUGUUCCGCCCUCAAUUACCGUCGGGUGAAAUUGUGUAUGCAAUGGUAUUUAAACCACAUAAUUUUCAUUUGGGCAUUAAAUAUCCAACAGUGCUCAAUGUGUAUGGCGGUCCUGAGGUGCAAACUGUCAAUAAUACAUUCAAAGGUAAACAUCAGUUGCGCAUGCAUAUGUUGGCGGCGCAAGGAUAUUGUGUUAUUUGCAUCGAUUCGCGUGGAUCACGACAUCGUGGACUUAAAUUUGAAACACACAUACGUUGUCGCAUGGGCCAAGUGGAGCUGAAUGAUCAAGUUGCUGCAUUACGAAUAUUGGCAGAUCAGUUAGGCUAUAUUGAUAUGAAUCGUGUAGCAAUACACGGCUGGUCCUAUGGUGGUUAUCUCAGUUUAAUGGGUCUAGUGCAGUAUCCAGAUGUCUUCAAGGUUGCAAUUGCUGGAGCGCCAGUUACAAAUUGGGAAUAUUAUGACACGGGCUAUACGGAGCGCUAUAUGGAUUUGCCGCAGAAUAAUAAGCGCGGCUAUUCAGGGGGCUCUGUGCUUAAUUACGUAGACGCUUUCCCUGAAGAAGAAAAUCGUCUUUUACUCAUACACGGCCUCAUCGAUGAGAAUGUUCACUUCUAUCAUACCUCACAGCUCAUAUCAGCCUUGAAUCGAGCAAACAAACCAUACGAUCUACACAUAUUCCCUGAAGAGAGACACUCAUUGCGCAAUUUGGAAUCCAAUAAAAAUUAUGAGACGAAACUAUUGGCAUUCCUGCAAAACUUAUGAAAUUGCCAACAUCAUGCCUCCUAGCAAUUAGCUAUGCAUAUAAUAAUAACGACAACGAUGACGAUGACGAUAGCAAUGCUACUUAUAAUUAUGUGUUGCAAGAGUUGUCAUUGGCUUGUAGGGAUAAUCUCAUCGAAAAAACGAUGCCACAUCCACAAACACCAAGUGGAUAGUAAAUGACAUCGCUCAAAAAGCAAUAUCAGAUGAUUUGCAGAAAAUAUUAGUAAUGCAUGUGUGUUGCCGUUCUCAUGUUUCGGGAAUCGUUAAGCGCAUGUAGUGUAUUUUAUUUCAAUUGACCUCUAGCAAACUAUUUAGUUUUUAAAUUUUAUUAUUACUAACUCUUAACAUUAAAUAAUUUGAUUUGUAAAGCCAGAAAUUAAUAGUAGCUUCUACAACAUUAGCGACACUAAAUUGAAGCAACAAAAAUAUUAUUGUUUGGCAUUUCGAGAAGCGUGCAAAGUGAAAGUCAUGGACGCAGAAAUAAAUAUUAGUAGUAAUGAAAUUAGUGAACAAUAUUUAUAUACUUAAGCUAAAUUAUAAAAGGGCAAAUAUUAGCGUUUACUUAAACUAAUUGUAGUCAACUGCAAUAAUUUGAAUAAUCGUAUCACAAUAAAAAAAGAGUGAUGUAAAAAUUAAUAGAACCUAUGGCUGCCAAUACAAAGUGCUGCGAACUAUAGAUUUGUAAACUUUCCAUAUACUUUCAAAUGUCUCAUACGUGCUCAAACCACGUUGUACAUAAGUUGGUCAAAUAUAAUAAUAAUAAUAGUUAUAAUUUUUUUUUCUGGUUUACGUAAAGCAUAAAGUCAUCUAUUGCUAAUAUUUAUUGCUUAUAUAUUGUGUAUUAAUAUUUAUUUAUGUGAUUUUAUGUGUUUCAGCAGAACGGGUACAACCUAUAAAAAAUUCUUGUAAUUCUAAUGCACCUAGAUCUACUGAAACGCAUUCAAUUGCAUUAAAAUAAAUUCGAAAUUUCGAAAUUAGGCGUUACGCCUUAAACUGAGUAACUUAUAGCAGUAUAUACCGUUUUGUACCGUUACAUGUAAGAUUAAUAAGGUCUAAACAGUUCAUUUUAUGCUCAUAAAUAAGAAUAAGUAAAAAGCAAUUUCAAAAACUGUGCUGAAAAACUGCAUUGAGGUGGUUUAAUUGAUGCUAAUUUCCAACGCAAAGCUUGUCUGUUUAUAGCCCAAAAUGAUUAAUGUUAAAGCCCUAAUCGUGUCGUUGUCCUCAAUAUUUAAAUGUAAUGUAUGUAAAUAUAAAAUGUUGCAAUAUUAAAUAUAAAUUAAAUAUCAAUUUACUUUACUAAUUCAUAAAAUCAUUAUUAAUUAUGUUCACUGUUAUAUUUACGAAAUUUUUGAAAUUAGUCGCUAGUUUAUAAUAAAACGCAAAAUAAUGUAUUUAU